AUGGCGUUGCCCAGGGAGGUCUACACGGUCAUCACGCCGAUUCCAGGCUUCAUCCCCAGGCAGCUCGCCCUCGACAUCCUCCACAGCCACAAGGAGGUCAUUACCCUCAACCCCCUCGUCCUCGAUGUAAAGCAGAUCGAGGCCCCGCGCAAUGCCGAGUCGGACGAGUACUUUUCCAACUGGUACGAAAUCACCGAGCGCAUCCAGGUCGUCCCCGGCAUGGGCAAGCUCGGCGGCGGCAAGAUCAAGUUCAACGGCUGCUUCCACGACAUGCCCUGGGGUGUCCAGAGCCACAUAUAUGCGCCCAUGGGCAUCGACAUGCGCAACAAGUACCGCAUCGGCGGCAACCAGCCGGGUUUCGAGCCCCCGGAGCAGCAGGAGAUGGGCCUCGGCGCGCCAAAGGACGGCCUCUACCUGCGCGAGGACAUCGAGUUCAAGUGCAACAUCACCCUCGUCAGCGUCGUCAAGGCCCAGAUGAAGGCCGCCAGCAAGGACAUGAUUGCCCGUAUGAUCAAAAAGGCCGAGCUCCUGGACGCCGGCGUCCUCAAGGCCAUGAUUGAGAACGGCAAGAUCAAGACGCUGACGGCAGCCGAGUCGGCCAACGUCCAUGGCGGCCUUACGCAGCAGAACACGGGGACUCUGUCGCGCCAGCACACCGGAUCCAUGCAGUCGCACUCGCCGCAGCUUUCCCCUUGCAAUCCGAACCAGCCGCCCAUGUCACCGGGCUUGCAGUACCAGAUCCCGCGGCCCAUGUCGAUGCAGCCGCCGCCGCCGCGCAAUGACAAUUCUCCCCUGCCAGGAUACCCCGCGCACUGGCAGCAGCAGCAACAACAACAGCAGCAGCAAUAUCAGCAGCAGCAGCAGCAUUACUACAACCAGGGCCCCGACCCAACCAAGACCAACCAGUUUGUGUCUGAGCUGCCGGCGCCUCUGGGACGCCCAGAGCCAUCGCCACAGACGUUUGCGUUCGAGAUGGCUGGCGAUUUCUAUUACCAGCAGCCGCAGCAGUCGCCCUCGUUCCAGGCGUCACAACAAAACCGGCCGCAUUCACCGUACGCGCAGUCCUCUCAGGGCCACCCGAGCCCGUCGGCUCAGAGCUCGCGGCCGACCUCUUACACGCAGUCCGAAGGCAACGGCAUGAACUCGCCGCCGGCCGACUCAAAGGGCUUCUCGAAUGAGCUGCCAACGCACCGGGAAGGGCCGGAGGACUACAGAAGCUCUCAGCAGCCCCAGUCUUAUAACCCUUCAAGGUACAGUACCGUGGCACGAUGAAGAAGGGUCGUGUUCGCCGGCCGUGGGCCAGAUGGCCGGAUCGGGAUUCGUGAGAGUGACGUAAUUGUGAGGGAAGUUCUUUUGAUACACUGGCGUUGCGGGCGUUGACUAGCACUGGCGCAAUGUCGCAACGGCUAGUACAGGAACACAGGGAUUGAUACCAGUAACGUUUUUUUUUCCUUUGGCUUUGAAAAUACCACACUGUUUGAUAC